UGCCUCUCUCGUUGGCUAGAGCCAGCCAGUAGCAGCAGCAGCAGGGGGGAGGAGAGGAGGGAUCCAGGCGUGUGCUGCUGCCGCGCGCGGGCGCGGUGAGCCCGCCCGCCUCCGAUUGGCCGGCCUCUCUCUCAGAGAGACGACGAGGAGAGAGAGGGAGAGAGAGUCCUAUUGGCCGCCGCCACCGCGCCUCCCUGCCCACUGGUGAGUGAACAAGCCGAGCGAGCAUGGAGUCGAGGCCGGGGGGAACCAACCUCGCGGAGCCGAGAGCGCAGGGCGCGCUGCCGUCUGGCGUGCCGAUACAGCAGCCAUGGUGGACGACCUCCGCCGGGAUCGGGGCGGUGUCACCGGCUGUCGUGGCGCCGGCGAGCGGAGCAGGGAUCAGCCUGUCGAGCAAUCCGGUGGGCGGCGGCGGCGGUGCGGCCAAAGGCGCGCAGGGCAGGGAUGGCGGCGACGACGCGACGGGGGAGAGCAGCGAGGACUCGCGGAGAUCUGCGGAGCCCAAAGAUGGAAGCACUAGUCAAGAAAAGCAUCAUGCAACUUCGCAGAUGACUGCUUUGGCAUCAGACUAUUUAACACCAUUUUCACAGCUGGAACUAAACCAACCAAUUGCUUCUGCGGCGUACCAGUACCCUGACUCUUAUUAUAUGGGCAUGGUUGGUCCUUAUGGACCUCAAGCUAUGUCCGCACAGACUCAUUACCAGCUACCUGGAUUAACUCACUCUCGGAUGCCGUUGCCUCUUGAAAUAUCUGAGGAGCCUGUUUAUGUAAAUGCUAAGCAAUAUCAUGGAAUUUUAAGACGAAGGCAGUCGCGUGCAAAGGCUGAACUCGAGAGAAAGCUUGUUAAAUCAAGAAAGCCCUAUCUUCAUGAGUCUCGUCAUCAACAUGCUAUGCGAAGGGCAAGAGGAACUGGUGGACGCUUCCUGAACACAAAGAAAAAUGAAACCGGUGCUCCCAGCGAAAAAGCCGAACCAAAUAAAGGAGAGCAAAACACCGGGCAUCACCGUGUCCCUCCUGACUUACAGCUCCUACACAAGGAGGCAUGAAGUAGCGGCUCAGCAAACCUAGAACAGUGGCUUCCGUCCAUUGGCAUACACACUCGAGGGUGGAUUCUUGCUCAAGCAUUGCGCUGCCGUCUCUCAAAAUGAUCUCCAUCGUGCGAGGUGAUUAGAGGUUCAUUCUCCUGAAUGAUCUAUGCACCGACCAUUGAUCCUGGCAGAGUAUAAUCUGGGUGUAUGAGUCCAUCUGAGUGCCAAUGUCAUGGGUAGAUCUGCUGUUUUCAGGCAAUUCAUUCUUGGCUUUCUGUCCCACCCCAUGUUGUUGCAAGUUAAGCUAGCAGUGCUCGUCUUAGUGUCUGUGAGACGUACUUGUAAGAUUAGUGUAAAUUAGUGUAAGCUGGAAUUUGUAAUGCUGUAUUAUGUGUUUGUCGUUCUAAUCUGAACCAUAACAAAGGCCAGAGCUGAACUCGUUAUGCAUACGUAUAUUACUGUGGCCAGGUCCGUGUGACUGUAUCAUUUUAUAACGGCAGAAACCUGUAUAAAUCCUGGUGCCACUCUUGAUUGUUGCUUUGCUGUA